CCAUCUGUCACAAGGGGUGUAAACCUAGGAUACGAUUAAAGGUUUAAGGUUAGAGAGACAUCGAUCAUUUAUAUGUUGCUUGAAAAUUUAUAUAGAAAACUCGAAGGGUGUAAACAAUUUUGCAAUUUUUUAAAUGUAUUUAAUUUGGUGAAAUAUAGUGACCUGGCAUUUUUUUAAAUCUUUAUAAUAUGCCAAUGUUAGAACAUGACAUUGAACUUCCAUCACCGGUUCCUGAUUUGCUGUUGGAUAAACAUGCAAACUUUUUACUCGCAUACGACAAGGAUAAGGAUGAAUAUAAAUAUUGUAUAACAGAACAUUUACGAAUGUCUGGCAUGUACUGGGGAUUAACAGCAUUAGAUCUUAUGGGGAAACUUGAUCAAACUAAUCGGAGUGAAGUUCUAGAGUUCAUAGCUCAAUGUCAAACAGAAAGUGGAGGCAUAUCAGCAUGUUUGCAGCAUGAUCCACACAUUCUCCAUACCUUAAGUGCAGUACAAAUAUUGUGCAUCUAUGAUGCUCUCGAUGUCAUUGACGUGGGGAAAGUUGUGAAAUAUGUGAAAGAAAGACAACAGCCGGAUGGAAGUUUCACAGGUGAUAUCUGGGGUGAUGUUGAUAUCAGAUUCUCUUUCUGUGCUGUGGCAACUUUGGCACUUUUGAAUCAAUUGGAUGCUAUAGACGUUGAUAUGGCUGUUAAAUACGUGAUGAAGUGUAAGAACUUUGAUGGUGGCUUUGGAUCAAAGCCAGGAGGUGAAAGUCAUGCUGGCAUGAUUUACUGCAGUGUGGGUCUUUUGUCAAUAACUGGUUGCCUUAAUUUAGUGGACGCAGAUCAAUUAAGUUGGUGGCUUUGCGAGAGACAACUCCAGUCUGGAGGAUUAAAUGGUAGACCACAGAAAUUACCCGAUGUUUGUUACUCCUGGUGGGUACUUUCAUCGCUCACGAUCCUUGGACGACUUCAUUGGGUCAAUAAAGAACAGUUGGUGAAGUUUGUGCUGGCAUGUCAAGACACAGAAUCAGGAGGAUUCAGCGAUCGUCCAGGAGACGUUGCUGAUCCUUUCCACACCUUAUUCGGAUUAACCGCGCUGUCCCUCUUAAAUGCUGAUUAUCCUCUUAAAAGGAUCAAUCCUACGUUUUGUAUGCCGGAAUAUGUUAUACAAAGGUUACAGCUGAAACCUUCCAGACUAGACCAAAGCAAUUGAUAUUUAAUUCCAAAUAAUGAAACUUUUACGGAUCAAUAAGAGAAGCGGAAGUACGGCAUAAGUCUCUUGCACGAAUUAUUUUCUCUUCUUUAUUUAAACACUGGAAAAUUAUUCAUUUGUACGAUGUAUACCGAAUGUAUUAUAACAUAAUAUUGAAAAAAGAAUGUGUGCUCAAUGCAAGUUACUGCAAAUAAAAUUAUAAUUAAAUCGGAUGGACACAGGACAGUAAAAAUAUAUGUUUAAUGAAGUUACUUGGGAAAUUA